AUGCAGCGGAUCGCCCGUCGUGGUGACGGCGUUGGGUUUGCCAAAGCAGUGAAGAAUGAAAUCGGUAUCGUGGAUGUGGAGGCGGCGGAGCGGAGAGGGCCGAGCUCGAGCUGGUUGUGUUUGUUUGUGGUAAUGAGUUCGUGGAUGGUGGUCCAUGCGGGCCAAUGUCUCAUGCACAUCGCGGGGAUGCAGAGACCGCUGGACUUCUUCUGGAAUGAUCGCGAUGGGUUUUUCGACGAGGACGUGCUUGCCUGCGCUGAGCGCAUCGAUCGCGAGAUCGACAUGGGAGUCGGUGUGGGUGCAGAUGGAGAUGAGGUCUUUGAGGUUUGCAUCUGCGAUCGCGGCGAGGGUGACGGGGUAGCCGUCGGCUUGGGCGUCUUGGUAGCACUUGGCGUGGGUGCGUCCCAUGUAUUGCUCGGCGAUGAUGCGUGCGGUGAUGAUGUCGUUGAUGCGGUUGUCUCCGGCUUCGCGUUCGAUGACGACGUUGACGGUGCCUGGGGUGGUUGUUGUGGUUGCGUCUUUCAUGUGGACCUGCGCGAUGCGGGGUUUGAGGAGUUCGAUGGCUUGGGCGGGGUUGGGAAGAUCGAGCAUGUGAAGGAGGUCUUCGGCGUGUUCUUGCCCGGUUUCGAGGGCGAGGGUGAUGCCGAGUGUUUGGAAGGUUUCGUUGACGGCUUUGAUGCGAUCGGUGAUGGUGGUGUACUCGUUGGUGGAGUGGUCUGGGAUGAAUCCGGCGUGGAGGGUGAUGAGUUUGAUAUUGAGGGCUGCGGCGAGGUGGGCGCUGGCGUGGGCGCGGUGGAGGUUGGCUUCCCAGUGUUGAUCGGGGCGGAGGCCUCCGGUGUGUUUGAUGGUUUCGAGGGUGGUGUAGUCUUCUCCGAUGGUGGUCAUCAUGGCGGAGCAGAUCUGGAUGUUGGAGUCGUUGAAGACUUUAACGAGCAGACGGCGGUGUUCUUUGGCAUGCUUGUUCUCUGGCACCGCUUCUUGAUUGGGGCCGUUUCAUUUGGUAUGGAUCUGGAGGAUCACCGCAUGGCACACGAUAACGGAACGAGCAACCCAUCGAACGGGCAUCAGACGAAUGACUCUCGGCGUACUUUUCUCGCGCAGACCGCGGCGCUUGCGGGUGUGGCGGGCGUGGGCAUGCUUGGAGGCGCGGGGCUCAAUACGAAUCGACGAGAACGGCUGGUGCCUACGGUCAAGGCGGCGAAGGGGCGUGUUCCCAAGGACGGCGAGUCGAUCAAUCUGGCGAUCAUCGGGACCGGCGGGAUGGGUGGCGGUCACCUGCACUCGAUCAUCUCGCUCGCUCAGAGCGGGAAGACGGACGCGAAGUUUGUCGCGUUGUCGGAUGUGUGUGAUUCGAAGCUUGAGGGUGCGGUGAAAGCCGCGGAGGAAAAACAGGGGAUCGAGGUCAAGGGGUAUCGGGAUUAUCGCGAGCUGCUCAAGCGGGAUGACAUCCAUGGGGUGAUCAUCGCGUCUCCGGAGCACUGGCACGCGCAGCACAUCAUUGAUUCGCUCGCGGCGGGGAAGGACGUGUAUACCGAGAAGCCGAUGACGCUUCGGUUGGAUCAGGCGCUGGAGGUUCGUGAGGCGGUGCUGGCGCAUCCGGAGCGGAUCUUCCAGGUGGGGACGCAGAUGAUUAUGCUUCCGAAGUACAACAAGGCACGCGAGGUGAUCAAGGAGGGGCUCAUUGGGACUCCGGUGUGGUCGCAGACGAGUUACUGCCGCAACUCGACGUCGGGGGAGUGGAACUACUACGGGAUUGAUGAGAACUGGAAGCCUGGUGUGAAUCUGGACUGGGAUGCGUGGCUUGGGUACCUUGGACCGCGUGAGUGGGAUCCGAAGGUGUACGCACGCUGGCGCCGGUACCGCGAGUUCUCGACGGGGAUCAUCGGUGACCUGCUGGUGCACGUGAUGACGCCUUUGAUCUUUGCGCUGGAUUCUGGUUGGCCUACGCGUGUGGUCGCGACUGGGGCGCAUGUGGUGGAUCACGACAUGGAGAACCAUGACCAGGUGAACCUGACGGUGCAGUUCGAGGACGGGCACACGAUGGUGCUCGCUGGAUCGACGGCGAACGAGGUGGGACUGGAGACGAUGAUCCGCGGGCACAAAGCGAAUAUGUAUCUCAACUCGCGUCACUGCGAGGUGCGUCCGGAGCGGAUCUUUGUCGAUGACAUCGAUGCGGAGCGGAUCGAGUGCGAGGACAUCGGGAACGAUCAGGAUCAGCUGCGUCUGAACUGGCUCGAGUGCAUGCGUACACGCGAGCCUGCGAAGAGCAACAUUGAUCUGGCGACGAAGGUGCUGGUCGCGGUGGAUCUGGCGACGCGCUCGAUGUGGGAGGGGCACGCGUUCCGGUUUGAUCCGCAAAAGAUGCGCGCCUCGAAGGUGUGA